AUGGCACUCAGAACAUUGAUUGUCGGUGGCACAAGUGGCAUCGGCCUGGCCUUGGCUCACCACAUUGCUGUAGCCCCUGAGGCUAUCGUCACUGUCUGCGGUCGCACCAAACCCGCCAACCUACCCUCGAACAUCGACUUUUCACCAAUCGAAGCUACCUCCAUGCGCGGGAUCAAGAAAUGGACAGACAACUUCAAAGGAACGCUCGCGGGGAACCGAAUCAACUUGCUCAUCCUGUCGCAAGGAACUUCCAACUUUACUGGCCGCGAUGAGACCAACGAGGGAAUCGAUCGCAAAAUGGCGCUUCACUAUUACAGUCGGCAACUCAUUGUCCGUGAACUGACCCCAGUUCUCAAGGAGGAUGCAAAAGUUCUGUUCAUCUUGAAUGGGAAGGAAGGGUCUCCGGCUCAUAUCAACUGGAACGACCUCGACCUCAAAACAAGCUACUCUAUGAGCACGGCUGCCCAGCAGUCUGCGACUAUGCUCGACAUUAUGGUCCAACAUUACGCCGCCGUGCAGAGGGGAGAUGAGAAACGGCAUUACGCGCAUGUGUAUCCUGGCGGAGUGUUGACUGGUCUUACGAGAGCCUGGCCGUGGUACAUGAGAGCGGGUGUCAAGGUGGUUGGCCCAUUAAUCGCUGUGAAGCCUGAAACGUGUGCUCAGCUUCUGUUGGAGAAUCUUGACAAGGUCACUAGUGCAAGAGAAAAGGAUGGGUAUUUCUGGAGCAACAUCAAUAGCGAUGGGAGCGUCAUCAAGGACAAGACCGUCUGGAGCAAGAGUCAAAGGGAGUGCCUUGCUGAACAUACAUGGAGAACCAUCGAUAGUGCUCUCAGCUAG